GCUACACUUCAUUCUGAGCUUAACUGGAGCUGCCAGAACAUUGCAAAGCUCGCUCUGACACAAGGCAUUCCACUCUGUCCUAAAGCAGGAGCUCAGCUAUCCACACAACGUGCCUCAUUCCAGAAGAAUUCACUGCUCAGCAAUGCCUUCCCUGUCACUGUUCCUAGUGUGGACCACUUUACUGCUCUCCAUAGCAAACAGAAGCAAAGUGCACUGUGUUGUAUUAACAACUAGUGAGCCUAAUGCAAGUGUGACAGUGCCUGGAGAAGGAGAUGGCCUCUCUGAUGGUGUUAAGGAAUUUUACGACCUGGACCAAGAAGAGGAGAGUGAUGAUGAAGAUAACGACGAACACUUCCCAGUCAAAAGCUUCUUCAUAGACGAUGAUUCUAUACUUGUGCAACCAGUAAUCAAGCCAGAAAAUUCAGAUGCAUCGACAGUUACGACCAACAAAAAAAGUGAAAAGAAAAAUGGAGAAAAGAAGAAGAAAAAGGGAUCAAAAAAGGGAAAUAAGAAGAAGAAGCAGAAUCCCUGUCUAACCACACAUAAAAACUUUUGCAUACAUGGCGAAUGUAGAUUCCUGGAAAAGAUUCCAGAAGUCUCAUGCAAAUGCCAGCAAAACUUCUUUGGCGAGCGCUGCAGCGAACAGUCUAUGACAUCUGCAAAAGAAAAACUAAGCGACAUAACCACAACAACAGUAUUAGCAGUCAUCGCUGUCUUACUAUCAACUCUCAGCAUCACUGCCAUCAUCAUCAUCAUUGUUGUACACACACGAAGGAAAUAUUCAUCCUUUCAAUAUGAAGCAGAGGAAAAAAAGAAAUUAGGACAAGAAAAUGGAAGUGAUGAAAUUGAGGUUUGAAGGAAAUGGUUGCGCUCUGAAUUCUAGACGAAGCACUGCCAUGCAAUGUGACCCUGAAAAUAAUAUAUUUUUUUAUUGCCAUAAUUUAUUUUUAUUUAAUAUUUUUAAUGUUUUGU